AUGGAGAUUGCAUUCGAGUCCUCAAUUCUGGGCCGACCCGUGUCCGUUUCAGGGACCAAGGUUUCAUCUUUGCUGCAUUACAAUCGGAUUUCAACGCUACCAUGCAAGGUCUCUAGCAAGAAUUAUCACUACCCGGCUCCGCUUUCCUCAAAUUUUGUCAAUCCGUGCAGUUGCGUAACUGCUCCGAGUAAUUUUAGUGUUCAGAGAACCCGCGUGUUUGAUAGCGUGAUAGCUAGUUCGAGCUUGAUAGGGAAAGAUAGGGGAGACUGGGUCGCCGAAGGUAAUGUUGCCCCGGAUGUGAACUUGGAAGCGAUCAUGGUGCUGUUGAAAAGGGGUGUCAUUUUGGGAGCAAUGGUCUGUGGGAUAAUGAUGUUUGGAUACAAACGUGUGUUUGCCGCUGAAGGAGUGGCGAAUCCGGGCUAUGGAGUUAGUGGGCAAAGCAUUCUGUUGCUGAGGAACUCUUGGCCUAGGCUGCAGAUGCUCCUUACUGUUUUCAAAGAGCAGGGUUUGAUAUUGGCAGCACUUUUGGGUUUAUCUGCAUUUUUCUCUAUGGCUGAGACUUCCAUAACCACGCUGUGGCCAUGGAAGGUACGUGAACUGGCAGAAAAAGAGACCGAUGAUGGUGGUGUCUUCAAACUGCUUCGCAAAGAUGUCACCCGUUUCCUGACCACUAUUCUCAUAGGCACAACUGUUGUCAAUAUUGCGGCCACUGCACUGGUCACUGAGGCAGCCACAGCAAUAUUUGGUGAAGCUGGUGUCAGUGCAGCCACGGGAGUGAUGACUGUUGCUAUAUUGCUGCUCACUGAGAUUACUCCUAAGAGUAUAGCCGUUCAUAAUGCCACAGAGGUUGCUAGGUUUGUGGUCAGGCCAGUGGCUUGGCUUUCACUGAUUCUCUAUCCUGUAGGGAGAGUUGUCACUUACUUGUCGAUGGGAAUGCUGAAAAUGCUUGGAUUGAAAGGAAUAAGUGAACCGUACGUGACUGAGGAUGAGCUAAAGCUGAUGUUGCGAGGUGCAGAGCUAAGUGGGGCAAUAGAGGAGGAAGAGCAGGAUAUGAUUGAGAAUGUGCUGGAGAUUAAGGAUACACAUGUUAGAGAAGUGAUGACACCUCUUGUUGAUGUUGUUGCAAUUGAUGCAAGUGCAACACUCAUUGAUUUUCAUGAAUUGUGGGUGACACAUCAAUAUUCUAGGGUACCUGUUUUUGAACAGCGUGUGGACAAUAUUGUGGGUAUUGCCUAUGCAAUGGAUCUGCUGGAUUAUGUACAGAAGGGUGAACUACUAGAAAGCACCAUUGUGUGGGACAUGGCUCACAAACCUGCAUAUUUUGUACCGGAUUCAAUGUCUGUCUGGAAUCUUCUCAGAGAAUUCCGGAUCAGGAAGGUUCACAUGGCUGUUGUCCUUAAUGAAUAUGGCGGUACUGUUGGAUUGGUAACCCUCGAAGAUGUUGUUGAAGAGAUUGUCGGUGAAAUAUUUGACGAAAAUGAUUCAAAGGAGGAGAUACAGAAGAAAACUGGAUACAUAGUAAUGCGAGCAGAGGGAGUGUACGAUGUUGAUGCCAAUACAUCCAUUGAUCAACUCUCUGAAGAUCUAAACAUUAAAAUGCCAGAGGGUCUUCAGUAUGAGACAGUAUCAGGUUUUAUAUGCGAAGCAUUUGGAUACAUUCCAAGGACUGGCGAAAGCAUCAAAGUGGUUCUUGACAAGUCGAAUGAAGAAGAUGAGGAUAACGAGGACAAGUCUGAAAGAGAACUGAAUGAAAAGCAUCUAAUAUACAAGCUUGAGAUAUUAGCUGGAAAUGCGCGGAAGGUCGGUGCAGUUCGUUUUGAGAGGAUACACAAUAGCGAGGAGGCGGUGGAGGCCAAAGAAGUAGCUCGCAUGAUUCCAAAGUUCAGGAAGAGGAAAUGGAGCAGCAGCGGUGAAGAGUCGGAUUAUGAGGAGGAUUCGUUACAAGAUAGACCUGUGCAUGCUCUUCAAGAUUCCAAUGUAAUUGCUGAACAUGAAGAAGAAGAAGAAGAAGAAGAAGAAGAAGAAGAAGAAGAAGAUGAUGAUGAUAAUGAUGAGAAUCCCCGUAGACAUUAG